GAAUAAUUCGAUGUUGAAGUAAGCGUUCGCUUGUGUGUGGAAGGUGCCUGCAAGCACAACGAACGUGCAUGGCAUCAUCCAGCGUCAGGAAGGACAACCAGCCACACAGAACUGCUUCCUCCAACCAAAACAACAACAACACAACAGCCAAGAUGAGCGACUGGUCCACGGCUGGCCUGUUCAUGGGCACGAUCGCGGCCGCUGCGCUGCUCACCGUCCUGGAGCUGUACUACGUUGGCGUGGGCACGCGAGGACGUCAGGUGUACAAUGCCGUCUUCGUUCGCCUUCUCUACGUUGGCUACUUUGUUGUGCUGGGCUUCCUCAUUCACUGGAUGCCACAGGGAUUUCACGGUGCUGGCGGAGCAAGCAUUUCCUUCAACUUCCACCCUCUGUUCAUGUCAAUCGCUUGGGCAUUCUGCGCCACCGAGGCCGCGAUGUCCUUCCGGAGCCCCGGCUCAUGGGGGCACAAGGGACGGAAGACCUACCACGCGCUGAUGAACUUCCUCUCGUUUUCCUUCUCCGUCUCCGGCAUUGCCAUCGUUUUCAUCAACCACCAACAAAAGAAGGAAAAGCACAUGGCCAGCCAGCACUCUUGGCUGGGUUUCGGCACGGCCACUCUCAUGUGCCUGCAGCUUCUGCUUGGCGCCUUUGCCUUCUACUGGAGCCGCAAUGAGGCAUGGAAGAAGCGCAUGGUGUUGUUCCACAGGUUCCUUGGUGCCGCCACACAUGUCAGCGCGCUCGCCACCAUCUCCAUGGGCCUGGCCAACAACUACGGCAUUCCCCUCAAUGAUCUUGCGGACCCAUACAACGUAUGGUGGCGCGUGAACAAGACGGCCACAAUCCUACUCUGGUCCAUCGCCAUUCGCGUGCUCGCAGGGUUUGGGGGCGCCCCUUCCAGCCCUGGCCGGUCUGUCAACGCUGAAAAGCGCCACCUGUUGCAGGACCACUACAACUGAAGGACUGAAGGAAGGAACACACGAGAGCGCAAAGAGCGAGAGGAUUGCCUGGUCCUGUUUGUUCCGUUGUUCUCUUCUCUUUUUCUCUCUUGUGCGGACUGCUGCUGGUCUGUGCCUUUGCAUUCAUCUCUCCUCCCCACCCCAGCCACCCUUGUUCUGUUGCUUAUCCCUCCCUCCCUCCCUAACCAUGCAGUGGACCAGUGUGUCACGUUCACCAACAGACCAACAGCAAGCAGUCCUGCAGUCGUUCACCCGCGCAUCUUCCCUUCUUCGGCAUCUUUGCUUCUUCCUCCUCCUCCUCCAAGCACUCCACUCCACUCCGCCCAUCCUUGAAGCUCCUCCUCAAAAACACCGUGUUAGCUGUGCAUGAAAUCAAAGAAAAGUGAGA